GUCCAUUUCUGCGCCCAUAACCCGCCAACAACACAAACGCGCCUCCUCCCACCAUAUCUGCCCUUGCUGCACUGACCGACCGCACCGCUCGCCACCAUGGAGGAUCUGGACAAGAUGAAGGUCGUUGACCUGCGCGCAAAGCUCAAGGAGAAGGGCCUGGACACAAACGGCAAGAAGGCCGAGCUCAUCUCCCGUCUCAAGGAGCACGAGGAGGCUGAGCUUCUUGGCCUUGCUGGCGAUGACUCCCUUGGCGAAACCGAGGGUGCCGGCGACGUUGAUCUGAACGUGGAUGAACUCGACGAUGUUGUCGACGAGGACACAGCUGGCACGGAGGCGAAGGAAGCACCCAAGAAGGAGGCUGGCAAGGCCCCAGCGUCAAGCAAGCCUGCCACGGCCACUGAGGGGAAGAAGUCUGAGGAAGCAAACGACGAGUCCUCCGCAGCCAACACAACAGACGAAGCCGCCACAGCAGCCACAGACCGCCGGCUGGCCCGUGCUGCGCGCUUUGGGAUUGAGACGAAGGAGACGAAGAAGGAGAAGCGUCUUGAGCGCGCAAAGCGGUUUGGCCUCGAGACGAAGGAAAUCAAGCAAGACAAGCGCAAGCAGCGCGCAGAACGAUUCGGUUUGGCGGGAAAAGGCGGCAGCAGCCCCGCUGUCUCUGCAGAGGCACAGCAGAAGCGCCUCGACCGCGCAAAGCGCUUUGGCCUCGACGUCAUGACAAAGACAGAGCAGAACAAGAAGGCAAAGAAAUCGCCCGCGACGAACAAGAAGAACUACGCAGCGAUGAGUGUGGAGGAGCUUGAGAAGAUGAAGAAGCGCAUCGCCCGCUUCAACCCAGACGACACCGCCCUCGAGCAAAUCAACAGCGCCCUGGCUGCAAAGGCAAGCAGCUAAACACGCCCGACGACUUGUGAUGUCGAGUUCCUUGUGUUGUCUACCGUGUCCCUUCCUGCUCUGUCUCUGUGUUGGUUGAUGCAUACGUGUGUCUGUGUGUAUGUGUGUGUAGGUGUGUGUGUAGGUGUGUGUAUGCGUGCUUGUGCCCUUCCGUGAUCUUGCGCGAAGCGCGACGUCGCUGCUCGUGCCCCUGCCGUUCUUGUCUGCUGUUCUGUUGUGUUAUGGUGGAGAAACUGAAUGAACGAAUGAAAUCAGUGCACAAGGGCGC